GGCUGCGAGGAGCCGGUAACAUCGCGGGCAGCCCGGCGUCCGCAUGGUGCUGUGUCAGGGCGGCGAGGCCGCCGCUGUUCCGGCCGCGGGCGGGAGGGAGCCGGAGGCGCCGCUGAGCCGGGAGGACGGUGCGGGGCGGCCGUGCCUGUGCCCGGCGCCCGGCAUGGAGGCGGCGGGCGCCGAAGAGCGCCGCGUUCGUGGCUGCUGCUCGGGCUUGUCCUGGCCGCGCUGCUGCAAGGCACCUGGAACAAAGAAAAAAGCUGCGUGUCCAGGACUUGGUCUGUUUUAUACCGUACUGUCUGCCUUCCUUUUCUCAGUGGCCUCUUUAUUUCUUAAAAAAAUAGAAGAUGUACAUUCAGUGGAAGUGAGUGCCUUUCGAUGUGUUUUCCAAAUGGCAUUUGUUCUUCCUGGUUUAAUAUAUUACAAGAUUCCUUGGCUCUAGCGCAAUGAUUCUUCUCUACUAUGCUUUCCAAGUCAUGCCACUAGCUGAUGCCACUGUUAUAACUUUUAGCAGUCCUGUUUUUACAUCAUUGCUGGCAUGGAUCUUUCUCAAAGAGAAAUACAGUAUUUGGGAUCUUCUGUUUACCCUCUUCGCAAUCACUGGAGUAGUUCUUAUUGCCAGACCACCAUUUCUGUUUGGGUCAAACGUUACGGGGAUUGAAGGAAGUUAUACAGAUCACCUUAAAGGAACUAUAGCAGCGAUCACAAGCACAGUAUCUGCAGCUUUGACUUUUGUUAUACUAAGGAAGGUGGGAAAAUCUGUGCAUUAUUUUUUGUCAAUUUGGUAUUAUGCAGUCAUUGGUUUAAUUGGAUGUGUUAUAGCAUUGUUUGUUAUGAAUGAAUGGCGUUUACCAUACUGUGGUAA